AUUAAUAUAGCAAUUCCGAAACAAGUAAUUCCUAGCCAUAAUCGUUUAAGAUAGUGACGAAGAAUAACUCGUUUCGCCAUGGAGAAGCGUAUCUUGAGUGGACCAAAACCUACGCAGCCCUUAGGAAAUGGUAGUAUAGGACAACAUUUCUUUAACGAAUUAAAAAAAUUUGAAAACCUAUCAGCUUGUAUGACCGACCUAGAAUUGGGGCGUUCUAUUUCCUACAGGGAACUACUAAAAACAACGUGUCGACUAGCUACGUGCUUGACAAGAAAUGGAUUUGGCGUCGGUACAAUGCUAUCCGUAUUCAGUGAGAACAGCAUAUACUACAUGCAACCGGUCCUUGCCGCAUGGUACGUGGGUAUUACUGUCGCUCCUGUCAAUCCUAAUUACACAGACCGUGAAAUUAUCCACGUCUUCAUGAUAUCAAAACCCCAAAUUGUAUUUUGUUCAAAACGAUCGUUGCCAAAGAUUGUGAAAUUGAAGCAAAAGCUACCAUUUAUUAAAAAAAUUAUAACUUUAGACGGCUGUACGGAUACAGAACACUCAGAAACGUUAAACAACUUCAUUGAACGAUUUUCUAAUGAAAAUUGCUCUCUUGAAAUGUAUGCUUUGUCGGAACUUGAUAGAAAUAAACAUGUUUCUCUUGUCUUGUGCUCUUCGGGUACCACAGGAUUUCCCAAAGGUGUUAUGUUGACCGAGAAGAACAUGAUGAUUAGAUAUAAUCAAUUCGUGGAUCCGCAGUGUAUGUUUGGAAGGGACCUCAGACCAGGAGACGCUGUAAUCAACUAUUUGCCGUUUUUUCAUGGUUACGGGUUUUCUAUAUUAUUAGGGUACCUUAUUAUGGGCUUACAUGUUUUUAUAAUGGAGAGUUACAAGGAAGAUUUGUUGCUAAAGUUUCUCGAGAAGUUUCAAGUAAAAAGCCUCUGUGUAGUUCCAUCAAUUCUUAUAUCACUUGCAAAGAAAGAGACUUUGAACGACCGCAGUUUGUCAAAGCUAAACGAAGUUGUGUAUGGUGCUGCACCUACUUCCAAGCAGAUAGUUGUGCAAGCAAAGCAAAGGUUUCAAAUUCAAGAGAUGCGAUCAGGAUACGGAUUAACGGAAGGAACUAUUGUUUCGAUUAGUACUCCAUUGGGUUGUGUUAAGUAUUCCUCAGUUGGAAAACUUUUACCAUUUGUAGAUGCAAAAAUUGUUGAUAUAGUCACUCAAGAGCCUCUAGGCCCGAAUCGAACCGGCGAAUUGUGCAUUAAAGGCGAUACUGUAAUGAAGGGAUAUAUGGGAAAUGCCAAAGCAACAGAAGAUACAAUUGACCGAGACGGUUGGCUCCAUACCGGCGACAUGGCUUAUUACGACACAGAAGAAUACUUCUACAUAGUAGAUAGGCUUAAAGAAUUGAUAAAAUACAAAGGUUUCCAAGUUGCCCCAGCUGAACUAGAAGCACUUUUACUAGAAUAUCCUGGAAUAAAGGAGGUAGCAGUUGUGGGAAAACCCGAUCUUCUAGCUGGAGAACUUCCAACUGCGUUCAUCGUUACUGAUGUCGGUGCAAAUAUAUCAGAAAAGGGGGUGCAAGAUUACGUAAAAGCUAAUGCGUCUCGAGAAAAGCAACUACGGGGCGGAAUAUUUUUUGUCGAUUAUAUUCCUAAAAAUGCCACGGGAAAAAUAAGCAGAAAAGACUUAAGGAAGAUGUUAGCAACCACGAGCAAAUUAUGAACUAAAUAAAUAAAUAAAUAUGAAUAAAUGUUUCAAAGUGGAGAGUGGAGAAAAUAAAAUGUUGACUUCUUCAGAAACAAAACUGCAACACAAACAUGGCAGCCAAUGAGGCAACCGGAAACUCACCAAAAUUGCACUGAUCACACGACUAUUAUUAUGUCCACAACUGUAUUUAAUCACACAGUCAUUUCACUGGGUAAUAACUUUUUAACGCGAGCUGUCAAAUGAAAUAAUAUUAGUAUUAUUAAUACAAAGUUAUACGUAAACAUCUGUUUCAAAUU